AUGGAAGAGGUGACGCCAGGCUGUAGACGGCACCGCAUUCUGAUGGUUCCGCAUUUUGAGCUUGACAACGUGAAACACCUCUCCACUCCUGUGGGGCGUAUGUUCUGGAUACAAGUUCUUAUGGAGAUCCUCUCAGAGGCUUACCUCAGAGAAGCAGUUGAAAGAAUGGUGGAGCCUAACUAUUACGUUGACACCAUCAAGCCGAGGCACAGGUUCACCAAUGAUACUUUCCUUGUUGAUCAGUUCGCGAAUACCCUUACAAGCCUUUCUUUACGUGAUGCUGAGCAUAUCCUUGGUAAGGUUUUCCAGAAGUUUGCUUCAGGAAUGGUGGGAAAAGCUGAGCUGGUCUUUCAUGGAACUCCUUCCAAGAACAAGGCAUCAGGGUUCAGUGGAACAGGCACUGUUAUUGUCUUCCUGGUCAUCGUGACAAGUGAUGCAUUGGUGCAUCACUACAGCAACGCCUAUGUUAUCCUCAAUAACUCCAAAUAUCAGCUGCCACUUGGUACAAUUAGUGUAAACAGAUACCAGUAG